AUGUCGAAUGAAUGUUCUAUUUGUUUUAAUACUUUUAAAUCUAUUACACAAUUACUAUGUAAUUGUACUUUUUAUACUAAAUGUAUUGAUGUAUGGAUUAAAAAAAAAGAAACUUGUCCGAUAUGUCAGUUUGAAUUCAGUAAAGAAGAAGUAGAAAUAAUGUUAAAUCAGAUCCAUGAAAUGAAACAAUUAAAAACCAAGAGAAAAAAUACCGAAGAACAUAAGAUAAGAGAAAGUCUUGAUUUAUCAUCAAAAACAAUAGAUAAAGAAAAGAAUUUGGAAUUAUCAAUUUUAAUGGAAAAUAUUAAAAAGAAAAAGGAAAGUCAAUCGAAAAAAUAUAAAUUUGAAUUGGAAGAAAUAGUUAAAGAAGAAAAAAUUAUUAAAACAAAAAAACAAAAUAUUUCAAGAAAAUACAAAUUAGAAUUCGAUGAAAUAGCUAAAGAAGAAAAAAAUAUUAAAGAUAAGAUUAUUAAAGAAAGUGAAGAGAAAAAAAAUAAAUUAUUAAAGGAGAAUAAAUCAAGAUUAGAAUCGAUAGAAAAAAGAUAUUUUGAUAUAUAA